AUGGCUUACCACACCAGUACAUUUGCUGCAUCACUAAUGGCGACAGUUAUUAUUGUACUAGUAGUCGGCGUGGGGCAUUUGCGCACUUCCCUUGGAGCUCCUAUUUGCGGCGACACGCCGGCGAAAGAUCAGACGGGGUUCGCUGAUUAUGUACGUGUCCUUCUUAACGAUCUGGUCAAUGAAACGACAUCCGUGCUCCCAGAUAAGUUCACCUAUGACUCCAUGAUUCCAGGAAUUGGCGGUCCUGGUUCCGUUUCAGGCACUGGCACUUGUUACGAUCAAGGGGACAAAACUGCUGCGGAUUGCGGCAACUGUCUCUCUGAUUUGCGGCCGUAUUUGGACGAUUGCACAAAGAACUCUUCUACCGCGGGAGCUUUCUAUCAAGGAAGAUUGCCAGAUUCUCAGAAAGCAGAUCACUCAGAGAGAAGCAGUAAGCUAGCAGUUGUCUGCAAUUGCGAUUUCCAGUCACUGGCUCACUGCAACUGCGAGCCCCUGCCUGAACAACAGCAGCAUCAAUCAGCGAUUGUUGUUGAUGCACCAGCAGCUGUGAAUGGCAAUGCUGAUACUAGUGCUGCUGCUGGUGGUGAGUCAGAGCCCUCUCCCCUGCCUUUCGGGGCCAAACGUCCACUGAAAAGUGAUGUUUGGCCUCACUUUACAAGGUUUGUGGAUAAAGAUGGUGUAAUGAAAGCACGAUGCAAGUACUGUCGAAAGGUUCUUGGUGGUGACACCAGCAAUGGUACCUCUCAUUUGAGGAACCAUACAAAGGUUUCUCUAUGUUCCUGCCCCCCCCCCCAUACUAGUGAGAAACUUGCAAGUGUGCUCCGAGAGGCCCUAAUGUCAUGGAAUGUGGACUAUGCUGGAAAGGCUGACAUUCAAGGUUUGGAGACUUGCUUCUCUGCGAUGACAAUGGAGGAUCCAAGUUGUGAAGAGUUUAAGAAAGAAGAUUUUCAAGGUAGCCAGAGUCGUACACUCUUGGACAUUGAAGAUUGAAGUGUGCUGCUGGUGAAUGGUGAUUGUUGUGCUGGGUUGCUGGAUUUUGUUUGCUGACUGAUUGCUUGAUGAUGAUGCUGCUCGAUAAGACUGAAACUGAAGGGUGAAGAGAACUACUGCUGCUCUUUUUUGUUGUUUGGUUCAAUUUGGAACUUGUUUUUUUUGGUUUGGUUUAUGGCUAUAUGCCUUUAUGGAUGUUGGAAUCCAAUUUCGAACAUGUUUUCUUUUGUUUGGAUGAUGAAUUAUUGAUGU